CGUGCGAGGCCGGCUUAUUUGUUAUUACGUCGAAUUACAUGUGGCAGGUGUUCUGUGAUAUUACGCCGCGGUCUCAAUCACGUAGAGAACUCUGUUGCAGCUUGUCAGUGUCAAGACAGGUGUCACAACACUGUGAAAAAGUGAUCUGGUCAUGUGAAGUGACGUGACCUAUGGUGUUGACAGCGGAACUUGAAAACUAGCCGACACCGCGUUCGAAAUGUGUUGCACGUUUGCCCUGCCAUCAAAUCUUGUUAGUGAGCGGUGCUCGCAUGUCACGCUGCGCGGAAACGAAACUUCGUGAGUUCUUUCCUGCUCUGUAGUGUUCUAAUAUACCCGAUUGCACUCAGACGGUCCAUUGGAACAAGAUUCCUCGAAAGCGCGCUACAAUGGAUACGUCCACAUGUCCAACUACUGUCGCCCAGAAAGUUCCUUUCGGUGACCUCUGCAAACUCUGCGACAAGAUAUCCGGAAAGCAGGACAGGGUCGAGAAGCGGAAACUGCUGGAGAGGUUCAUCACGUACUGGCGCGAGUUUCACGACAAACUUCACGCCACGAACGGGGUUCAAGCAGCGACCGAUGAUUCCUUCUUCCCCGCAAUGCGACUUCUCUUACCGCACUUAGAUCGAGACCGACCGGCCUAUGGAAUCAAAGAAGCCACCCUGGCAAAACUUUACAUUGAUGUACUCGCACUUGGCAAGGAGAGUCCCGACGCUCAAAAGUUGCUGCGCUACAGAACGCCGCAUGUAGCCAAAGCGGAGGCCGGAGAUUUCGCGAGCGUCGCGUAUCUAGUGCUGCGAAACCGCUGCCCCACGAAAGGGUCGCUAACCGUUGCCGAAGUCAAUGAGCUAUUAGACGAAGUGUCUGAUGCGCAUGCGCACGGAGGCGCAGAAGGCAGUCGGCGCACGAGAGAUGCGCUGUGCACACUGCUGCGCCGCACUUCCGCCGCAGAACAGAAGUGGCUGGUGAGGAUGAUUCUAAAGGAAAUGAAAAUGGGCAUGAGCGAAGGGAGCAUCCUGUCCUGCUAUCAUCCUGAUGCACAGGAUGUUUUCGACAAUAGCAGCAGUCUCUUGAAAGUCUGUCGAGAACUGAAAGACCCGAAAGCUCGCCAGCAUGUCGUUCAGGUGUCGCUAUUCCACGCGGUGCGACCAAUGUUGGCAGAGCGGGCAGAGCCUCGCUCUGUGGAGCGUCUUUUGAAUCACGAACCGUUCUUUGCCGAAACCAAGUUUGAUGGUGAGCGGCUGCAGGUGCACAAGAAUGGCGCAGAGUUCAGAUACUUCACACGACGCAGUCACGACUACAGUUCUGGAUUUGGAGCCACUGCUGAUGAAGGAUCUUUGACACAGUACAUAGUGAAGUCUUUCCAAAUCCAUGUGAAAAGUUGUAUCUUAGAUGGAGAGGUAAUAGGAUAUGACCCCAGGAGCAAUCAUUUUGUUUCUAAAGGUUCGCAUGUAGAUGUAAAAAGUUUAACUGAAAAUUCGUCAUUACAGCCUUGCUUUUCGGCCUUUGACAUACUCCUCUUGAAUGGACAGGUAGUCACCAACAAGCCUCUUCAAGAGAGAGUUGUACUUCUCGAUCAAGCUUUAGUAGAAGUUCCCGGCAGAAUACUGAUCUCCAAAAGGCAAAAUGGUUCAACACGAGACGAUGCCAUUCGCCUUCUAAACCAAGCAAUCGAGGACCAAGAAGAAGGCAUCGUCUUAAAGGGGCUUUCCUCAGUCUACAAGCCUAACGCAAGAAAAGCUGGCUGGCUGAAACUCAAGCCAGAAUAUGUGGACAAUUUGGUUUCAGAUCUGGACAUGCUCAUUCUCGGUGGUUAUUUCGGAGAAGGACGCCGCAGUGGUGUUGUGUCGCACUUUCUCUUGGGAGUUGCCAGUGGGAAUCUGGACGAUGAUGGUAUGCCGCAUACUUUCUGGUCGGUCGCAAAAGUGGGCUCGGGAUACAGCUCGCAAGAACUGGAUGACCUACUUGCCAAACUGACAUCAAAAUGGAAAGUCUAUAACCCCAAAAAGCCUCCAGAAAAAUUGGUACUUGCCCCAGGUCACAAAGAAAAGCCAGACUUGUUCCUAGAACCUUCAGAUUCUGUGGUACUUCAGAUCAAAGCCUCGGAACUUGUUCGCAGUAGCCAGUUCAGGACAGGCAUAACACUGCGAUUUCCUCGUGUUGCUGCCAUACGCCAUGAUAAGCCUUGGCAGGAUGUGCUGUCAUAUUCUGAGCUUUGUGAACUAGAGAAGGCAGCUGGUGGCAAAUUGGCCACUGCUACGCUCGGGCAUGAUGAAGAUGACGGUGGAUCACCAGCAAAAAAGAGGACGCAUUGGAGCCACUGUAAAGGCAUCUUUAGGUACACACUUCCAGCCAGCCGAUUUGUCUAGUGCUGUGAAGAAGCACACUGUCCUUCAGGGAAAGGAGAUAUGCAUCUUGACUGACUGCGAAGAUCUCACGAAGCAGGAGUUAGAAUUCAGGGUCGCUGAAUUAGGAGGUUCUGUUGUCCAAAAUCCUAGCAAGGAAACAUUUUGUGUUGUUGCAGAGAAGCUAAACUUUAGAGCACGUAGUUACGUCAAGUCGAAAAAAUGGGAUGUCGUUAAAGCAGACAAGUUUGUCGCUCUUCUCGACUCUGCCGAGCUUCGACCAUGGGAGCCAGCGGACCUGUGGUGUGCAAACAUCGAAACGGAAAACCGACUAAAGGACUUGUUUGAUGAAUAUGGCGACAGCUACACAGUUCCUGUGACACCAAGUUCAUUGCGUGAGAUCUUUGCAACCAUUCCCAAAGAGGCAUGUGAUCAAGUUGAUGACUUAGAGCAGUUCAUUUUUGAGUUUGAGCAAAAGAAUUUCGCCUCUCAACCACUAUGGGGCUUAUUCAGAAACUGCACAUUCAGGCUAAGAGAGGAAAGUGAACUAAAUCGGUUUAUCAUUAGAUUGCAUGGUGGUAAAGUUAGGGACACUCCAGGAAAUAGGGAGGCUGGUAGUUCAGACUGUGAAAUAAAUGAUUUGGAUGCUUUGGAAGAAGUGAUGGAGGUAGACAGCGAAUGGAUAGAUGAAUGCAUUCAAGCAGGUGAAUUG